AUGGAUAUAUGUACAUGUUUAGAAGAUUUAUCAAAUGAAAUUUUCUUUGAAAUAUUUGAUUAUUUACAUGCACUUGAUAUAUUUACUGCUUUUGCUUCAUUAAAUAAACGAAUUCAAUCUAUUCUACAAUCAAUUCGACUUCAUGUCAAUAUCUUAAAUAGUCAUUAUGAUCGAGAAAUUAAUUUUCUUUCUUCUCUUCUUACUUUUCAUGCUCAUCAAGUCAUAUCAUUAAAAUGUUAUGAUACAAUUCGUGAUCAUUCAUCUAUUAUUAGUUUACUAUUUAAUCGACAUCAUUUUAUUAAUCUUCAAUCAUGUAUAUUUAUAUUGGAUAAUUCAUCAACUGAACUUGAAAAUGUUAUUAAACAAGUUGAAAGUUUGAAUAGACUUGUUGCAUUUUUUAUUAUACAACCACAUGAUAAAAAAAUUAAUGAGAAAGAUAAAUGUGAUAUAACUCGAACUAUAUUGAUGAACAAAUCAUCUUCUCUUCGUUCAAUUAAGCUUCAUUAUGAUUAUGAUUACUUGGACAUAUCAACUUAUACUUCAAAUGCUUCAAAUAUUAAAUCACUUGAAUUGUUAAUAUCUGGCUCAUCGAAUAAAGUAUCAAUUUAUUCAAUUUUGCCAAUUCUUCGUGUUUGUCAUAGAAUACGAUAUCUACAUGCCAUAAUAAAACAUGAAAUUCUAUCUGAAAAUAAUUAUUUAAAUUUUUCAAUUCCAGAAGCAUUUAUUAAUGAAAAUGAUCUUCCUAUAUCACCACAAUUGACAUGCUUCGAUUUAUCAAUUUUUGGUCAAUCUUACAUUGAUUCAAUCGCUUAUAUCUUACGUUCUAUGCCAAAUCUUGUUCAUUUUAAGUUUCUUCAUGAAGCAGGAAAAAUAAGGAGCCUAUCUGCUGAACAUUUUCUCAAUGGUUAUAAAUGGCAACAUAUGUUUGAAAUGCAUGUUCCAUUUUUAUCUAAAUUUGAUUUUCAUAUAUCAAUUGUGAGAUAUUAUCCCAAAUUAAAUUUAGACCGGGUCGUAAAUUCAUUUGAAUAUUUUGUUAAAAAAUAUCCCGAAUGGCAAAUGAUUAUUGAUCGAUGGGUACUUGAUGAGAGAAAUCUAUUGAACUAUGUUCAAUCAAUUGACAAUGGUCGUUCGCAGGAACGUGUUACUUAUCUUUCACGUUUUGUUCAUUUAGCCAAUGUAAAUGAAAUUAACUUUCAAUCAGAUGGGGAUAUAUCUAGAUGGAAAGAUAUUCAAUUUAUUCUACAAGCAUGUUCAAAUGUGAUUAAUCUUAAAAUUAAUCCUUCACAUUUGGUUUUACCAGAAUUCAUCGACAGUCCAUCUCUUCUUUCAAUUUUCAAACAAAUUAAAAUACUCAAAUCAAUAACAGAAAAUCAUUAUGUUCCUUUAAGUUUUUCAUUAAAACUUGUUGAACGUUUUCCAUCACUUACUGAUAUUGAACUUAAAGUAUUUUCAUUCGAUGAUUGUAUAUCUGCUAUUGAUAUAUUACUUACUCAUCUAAAAAAUUUGUCUUAUCUUAAAAUUUAUUAUAUUCAAGUUUCAUCACUCGAUCAUCCUUUUUCACGUAAUUAUAUUAUUGAAAAACGUCGUCAAGCAUUUCGUUUUAAUAUUAUCGAUGAACAUAAAGUUACAGUUAGCAAGAAUACAGAAUCUGUAGAAAUUGGAUUAUCAUAA